GAAAGUCCAGUUCCGCCAGGGAGACGGAGGCACCGGGAAAAGGGGAGAGAGUUCAUUGGAUCAAACAUGUCACAAGAGACGGACAAUAACAAGCGACUUGUGGCCUUAGUGCCAAAUGACACUUCAUUCAACACCAGACGAGCCUACACCAGCGAAGAUGAAGCCUGGAAGUCGUAUUUGGAGAAUCCCCUAACAGCAGCUACCAAGGCUAUGAUGAGCAUAAAUGGUGAUGAGGACAGUGCUGCUGCUCUUGGCCUGUUGUAUGACUAUUAUAAAGUUCCCAGAGAUAAAAGGCUGUUGUCUGUUAACAAAGUGAAUGACAAUCAAGAAGACCAAGAUAAAAGAAAUUGUCUUAAUGCCACAGAAGCUCAGAGUAAUUUAAGUGGGGGAGAGAACCGCGUGCAAGUACUGAAGACGGUGCCGGUUAACCUUUCCUUGAACCAAGAUCCUUUGGAGUCGUCCAAAAGGGAAUACAACACAAACGUGUCUGGGAGCUCGACACCCAUCACAGGGACUGGAGUGACUGUGGUUAAAGCAGAGGAGUUCACCCCUGUUUUUAUGACCCCACAAGCACACUAUGCAAGAGGAGAAAAUGAGGAGCACCGAGGGGUUAUCUUUGAACCAUAUGAAGUGUCUAACAUUGCUCCUCACACAAAUUAUCUCAAAGAUGACCAGCGCAGUACUCCUGACAGUACAUACAGCGACACCUUCAAAGAUGGAGGAACAGAAAAGUAUCGCAGUGUGUCAGUGGGGGCUGAAGAAUAUAUUUAUGAACAAACAAGCAGCACUUUUCAGUAUACACUGGAAGCUACCAAAUCUCUGCGUCAAAAGCAAGGGGAGGGGCCCAUGACCUACUUGAACAAAGGACAGUUCUAUGCCAUCACCCUGAGCGAGACGGGUGACAACAAAUGUUUCCGGCAUCCUAUCAGCAAAGUCAGGAGCGUGGUCAUGGUUGUUUUCAGUGAGGAUAAAAACAGAGAUGAACAGCUGAAAUACUGGAAAUACUGGCAUUCUCGACAGCACACAGCUAAACAGAGGGUCCUCGACAUUGCUGAUUACAAGGAGAGUUUUAAUACCAUUGGGAAUAUUGAAGAAAUCGCAUUCAAUGCUGUAUCCUUCACUUGGGAUGUCAAUGAGGAGGCAAAGAUUUUCAUCACAGUGAAUUGCUUGAGCACAGACUUCUCCUCACAAAAAGGAGUAAAAGGGCUUCCUUUGAUGAUUCAGAUUGAUACGUACAGCUACAACAACCGCAGCAAUAAACCCAUCCACCGAGCCUACUGCCAGAUCAAGGUUUUUUGUGACAAGGGAGCAGAAAGGAAAAUCCGAGAUGAAGAGAGGAAGCAGAACAGGAAGAAAGGCAAAGGCCAAGCAUCCCAAGCCUCGUGUAAUAACUCAGCUGAAGGGAAGUUGAGUGCACUCCCUCUGCAGAAAAAGAGCGAUAUCACCUUUUUCAAAACAAUGGCUGACCUGGAUUCCCAGCCAGUUCUCUUCAUACCGGAUGUUCACUUUGGAAACCUACAAAGAACUGGACAGGUUUACUAUAAUACAGACGAUGAGAGAGAAGGUAGCAGUGUCCUGGUCAAAAGAAUGUUCCGGCCUGUGGAGGAGGAGUUUGGUCCACCCCCUCUGAAACAAAUGAAAGAAGAAGGCCUGAAAAGAGUGCUUUUAUAUGUGAGGAAGGAGACAGAUGAGGUGUUUGAUGCUUUGAUGCUGAAAUCACCCACAGUAAAGGGACUAAUGGAAGCAAUCUCUGAGAAAUAUGGGCUGCCAGUUGAGAAGAUUGCAAAACUUUAUAAGAAAAGCAAAAAGGGUAUCUUGGUAAAUAUGGAUGACAACAUUAUUGAGCACUACUCCAACGAGGACACGUUCAUCCUGCACAUGGAAAGCAUGGUUGAAGGCUUCAAGAUCACACUGACAGAGAUCUAGCCUCAGGCAGAGCCUUUUUGUAAGGAACCACAGCAUUUCAUCCUUCUUGGAAAGAGAAGAUUCCCCGGGAACCUGACAGACAUUGAUCAGAGAAACUGUUACAAGACUGCUUUGAAAAUACUGUCCAUUCUGCACAUGUGCACCCACUGCAUAGAGACUUUGGUUUGUCAAGCACAAGGCCACUCACGUUAACCUGGUCCCUUAUUUAUUGUUCCCCACUCUCUAGUGUACAAGCAGUUACCAGCCCCCAGAUUUGUAACCAGAUGACCCACUCCAAAUGUGAAAUGCAGCAUUUUAAUCCAUACUUUAGUGUGGAUAAGCUCAUUCUAAAAAAUGUUAAGGAACCAUGCUGGUCUAGUUUCAGAAAUCUGGUAUAAAUCACUUUACCAGUAGUUUUCUCCAUCAUGGCUAAAAAACUGGUGCAGUGCUAAAGACGGGGAAAGUGGCUGACAGAGUUCACUUGCUCAGACCGAUCCAUAUCUCUCUAUAGUGUAUAGUCUUGCCAAAUACCUCUGGUAGUUCUCAGCACGUAGCAAUGAGGACUUGUAAGUAUGGCAUUCAGCUACAAAUGUCACUUGUAAGUAAGUGGUAAAGAAACCAUUUUAACCUUGUAUAUAAUGUUUAUAAUAUGCAAUAAUAUAUUUUAACUACUGUAUGUGGGCAUGUUUACUGCCACUAUGUUUUUGUACGUAUUGGGUUUAGGGUUCAACAGAAUCUUUCCUAGAGGAUUAGAUUGCUGCAAUCUGUUACGGAGUGUGUACUGAGAAGCUGAAAACUGUACCUGUACUCAUAUGCUCCGCCCUUGCCCAUGCAGUUUUAUACUGAAAUAUUGGAGCAAACCAUGCUACAGAGUCUAGGGUGCUCUGAUGCAAUGAGACCCACCUUAGGUGCCCAAGUCCAAGCUGUAGGUAGCUGAGUGUCCCACCCAGCUAUCACCAAAUCCAAGAGGAACCAUGUGUCUGCUGCCUGGUGUGCCUAGAGGUACAGAAGGGACUUCUGUCUGUUCCGUUGAUGAAGUGGAGGCUCUCAAAAUGGGCUUUUCUCAAGCCUGUGGGGGGAAAGGUGCUUUUUGCAGCACCUGCUCAUUAAAUCGUUCCUCUAGACUGUAAGAAACAGGGCUUCAGACUCUUCUCCCUAAGGGUACUUGCUUUUGUAUCUCCACUGAAUGAUUCUGUUUUGAUUCCUAGGACAGUUAGGUUGAGAUAUAAACCUGGCAUUGAUGUAAAUAUUUUAUUGAAACUGGAACAAUUUUACUUGUGGUGACUGAGUAUCCCACUACUGAGGUGUGGAGAUAGGUCUCUCUCACAAGGGCUGGAUCAGAACCCAAGCUGAACUGCAAGGUUAUCCCAUCAAAUUCCACCUCUGUCUCAUGAAUUCUGUGAAGAGAAAAAGUUGCAGGCUAAACGCAUACUAGGAAAGGGGUUCAAGGCCUGAAUGUCCCUAGUGCAUCCAAACCCAGCACCUCUCUCUCCUUUCCAGCUCCUCUGGCUCAGCAUACGAUCCUGAGAGUUUCAGCUGCAAACAUUUCAUUCUCUAUGCACUGUAUGUGGAUCCUGUGCGACAGACAAAUGUGGGUCCUUUCCUACAUGCAGCCUUUAGAGUUUCUUUAUUUUUUUUCUUUCUGAAGUCUUUUUUUCAUUUAGUCAGAGUCUUUUUUUAUUAGCUGGUUAGAAACACUGCCUAGUUUACCAGGGCUUAUUCUGUCGUCUUUUGAGCUGUGUGGCGCUGUUUACAUUCAAGCAAAGUAGCUGGGGUAGCUGACCAGUCUGAUUCGGUCAUGUUUUUGCAUGAAUUGUCCUGCAAGCUCUAGCACAUUUUCUUAACUUCAUUAGCAGCAGCAUCCCAUUAAAAUCUGUACUUCAAAUAGAAAUGUUAGGUACCUGUCAAAGUUUCUGUGCGACCAGAACCUGUAAAAGGUUCAGGCCAUUAGCGUCAGGGCUGACAUAUCCAGGAUCCACAUAUGUCUGCAAAGCAAAGUGUCCUGUCUUCCCCCCUCCCUCCCUCUUCCUUUGUCAUGUGCUCAUUCUCCUUCUGACACAGUUUUGUAGUCAUUCCAUUAUCUUUUUACAUAUAUAAGUAUGUACUUGAGCAAAGAUGCUCUUGGUAUGCUGAGAAUACAGUGGAUUUAUGGUGGUUCAGUUUGUUUAGACUUGGCUUAGGUUCAGAUAAGAAGUCUGUGCCCAGAUACUUUUUUCCUAAAGAAAAAAAGAGGACAGUUUUGACAGGUGGCGUUAGGAACUGGGACCAGCACACAGGACCGGUGAGCAGUGGUGUUAGUUCUUGUAUUUCUCUGUUGUUUGAUGGUGUUUGGGAUCCUAAGGAUAUCAGCCGGGAUCUCUUAGUUGGUCACGUUGCCUGGGCAGAAGCUGUGGGUGAAGCACAGGAGUGAAUGUACACAGGAGUUGAGGCCUGGUCCUGCCCCCAGUAAACCUGCCAUCCAAGCUCUCUUUACUUACAGGGAGUGCCUGCAGUGCCUGGGGCUGGCCUAGGCUGGGAUGUGCUGCAUUAAGAGAGGGCAGUGAGAAAGUGGGGUUCACAGAGAAAGACAGGGCUGUCCUGGCAGCACCAGCACUCAAGUUAAUUGGACAUACACAUGGGUGGAGAUGAACUGGGGUCUGUUGGAUGCUGCUGCAUCCUGCGCCAAGGAGCAGUGUAGGAUCAGUGAGAAGUGCAAUGCUAGAGGAGAUACUGGGGCUUAAGGAGCUAUCUUUCCAUUGCCAUUUCAGGAGCUUUCGGUCAGGCACUGCCCAGGGAAGGAGGGUUGCUUCCAAGAUUAACUGGAAGCUUUUCUAAAUACAUCUUAAAGUGUGCAAAUUCCUGAUACAAGAGAGCUAAUACUCCUGCCUUUAGUUCCUUUUACAGUCUCAAUGAAGGUAGCAGGGUUGAGGAGGAUGAGUAAGAAUUACCCUGAUGGUAAGAUUAUUUUAACACAACAACUAGAACUAGUUAAGAGUGAUCUCCCUUAACUUUAUCUACCAAGGUCUGAGGGCUUUGUUUCCCUGCUCCAGAUGCAUUGCAAGAGCACAUCACCCCACACCCCUUCAGUUUUAGUUACAGUAUCAGCUGCUGGAGGAGUGCUGAACCUUGGAUGCUGCUUGUGGCAAGCCACAAGCUCUCAGGGUUCACCUUGUUGGUCAAAAACAGGCUAUCAAAGUGAUGGGGAAGGGGAGGGCCAGUGAGAGUAAUGCAAACUUCUGAAGCAGCGGCCUGCCUCAUGCCCUGCUUGAUUCAAAGGUCUUGAGGAGUAUAAAGUGCUCGCAUGUAUAGUGUUUAAAAUGCACAUGUUGCUUUUGUUUAAUAAAAAAUAUUGAUUAACACUGGAUCUUCCAAAUAUUAUGAGUUAAAUGGAAGUAAGAUUUGGCUACUGUUCAGUGGUGGACAGGAGUAUCUGCCUUGCCUCCUUUUGUCUCUUUGUGGCACUGCUGUGGCUGGUUAUUUAAAGGAAGAAAACUCUCAUUUCCUUUUGUUCUUCAAGACAGCAGUCUUGGAUCUUAACUAGUGCAGCCUGAAGGGUGGCUUGCUGCUCAGCUCAUUUUCCCUAUGAAGAAUUAGAGCAGUGCAGUGUCUGUAGAGGCAGCGUUUCGAAAGACUGUGAUAGAGAUGUGCAAAAAGAGAAGAGUCUUCUAAACUCUAAUUUUGGUUCCCACUACAGGUUUGGCACUAUGUCCGUCCAUGUAAUGUUUUAUUAUAAAAUGCCCAAAUCUCAAAUUUUAGUUUAUUUCUACACAGUCAUGUAGGUGCUCAUAUUCCCAAAAUGAAGUGUAACCUUUCGGUGAAGCUUUGUCGAUGUAUGGUGAUAUCCCCAUCAAGACGUUUUGGAGGACUUUUACUACUGAAUGUAAACUACAAAGAAAAGACCUUUUUUCCCUGUGUGUCCUCUCCUGUGAAGUUUUUGGCCAAUGGAAUUCAGACAUCAAGUGUCAUUCUUGUAUAUUUUCCUCUUUCAGUCUAUGAAUCGUUUAAAUGCUGUAAAUUAAUUCAAACAAUUAGUAAAAGCUAAACUUUCCAGCUGUCAGAGAUGCUGUAUAUUGAUUGAUAUGCAACUGGAAAUGAGUAUUUUAGGACUUCUAAAAUGUAAAGUUUAUUAAAUGUUUAUAUGCUCUUCCAUUUUCUAUAAAUUGAGAAAAGAUACAAACAAGAAUGUUUGUGCCAAAGUUUGUGACAAGUCCUCUUUCUGGUAAACAAGGAAACUUCAUGUAUAAAUAGUGUGCUUUUAUAUUAAGAAAAUAGCUCAUGUAACUUAAUAGUGUUGCAACUGGGAGAGGGAUUUGAUAAACUGUAAAUACAGUUAUUUUAUUUUUUGUACAUUUUUAAGAAGGAAAAAAAUAAAUAUUCCUAUGUAUGAGAUAG